AUGGCUGCCUCAGACAUUACCGUUCCCAUCACGCAGGCCCCUCCGUACAGGGUACACGAGGGCAAGACGGCCGUCAUUACAGGCGGCGCAAGGAAUUACCAAGGUAUCGGUGCUGCCAUAGCCCAGAACCUCGCCUCCAAGGGCGCUAAUGUUGUCAUCAUCUACUUGACCGAGGCCUCUGAUGCGCCUGCCGCCGCUCUCGCCGCCCAGCUGUCCAAGGCACACAAUGUCAAGGCAGUUCCCGUGCGAGCCGAUUUCAGCACGCCCGAUGGUUGCGCUAAGAUUGUCUCUGCGGUGAAGAACGAUUUGCCGCCAAACGCCAAGACAGGAAAGCCUCAGGUCGAUAUCCUUGUCAAUUGCGCGGCUCUCUUCCAUGCCAUGCCUCUCGAGGCCGUCAACGUGGAAGACUUCCACAAGGUCUACUCCAUCAAUGUCCUGGGUCCCAUCCUCCUCACCCAGGCCGUCAAGCCGCUUCUGCCCACUGAUCGUUCGGGCCGCAUCGUCAAUGUGUCAAGUGUCGGUUCCAAGGUUGGUCUCGAGUACCUAACGCUGUACGGCGGCAGCAAGGGCGCGCUCGAGGCCAUGACACGCACUUGGGCCCGCGAGCUUAAGGAGCACUGCACCGUCAACUCUUGCAACCCCAGUUCCACCAUGACGGACAUGCUCCGCGCCGCUCCCGAGGAAGCCAAGAAGGCCAUCUCAAGUUGGUACCCGCUAACACCGCUGUGCGGGAUUCGCGAGUGGGAUACGGAUGAGCAGAAGGAAAUGGCCGAGAAGUACGGCGGCCGCGCUGGAUAUGCUGAGGAAAUCGCAGGGAUUGUCGGUAUGAUCUGCUCGCCAGAGAGCGGGUGGAUGACGGGAUGCCUGGUUAGUGCUAAUGGAGGACAGUGGAUGGCCAGCUAG